AUGAUCUGGCUCACGCAAAUCGGAGGGGCGGAACCACUAGGACAUUCCGACGGCCCUAUCGGGACAGAUGUCAAAAUCGAAGAUAUCCUAUGGGAUCUGCUCAAGGGUGCCAACAAGGGCUGGACGGUGCAUAGCUAUGUAGCUGGCAGCCAAGACACGCCCAUGGAAUCAUAUCUUUGUCAUCUAUCCAUCGAAUCCAUCGAUAGCUUAAAGCAACAUUCAAACAUCAUUAAGGCCAUCAUCAAGAACAGCUCAGAACCUUCCAAGGCGAACAUGGCAAACGAUGAUACCAAUUUUGCGCUUUCCACUGGCAACAUCGCAACCGCCAUUCGCGAUCUACCCAAACGCCCAACCACCGCUGCAGAUGUAGCUCGUCUCUGGCUCGAGAUUCUGGAGAUCUUCUUUCCCGACGACCAAGGUUUCCAACGGAAACAGGUCUUGUCGACAAAAGAUCGCGUGUUGAUACAAGUGCAGCGCUGCAAAGAUCUUGAUGGAGACGUUUUCAUUGACAGCAGGUUCAGACAGUCGAUACUUGUUGUGGACUGUCGAGGAAAUAUAGCUGGUAGUUCUGGCUUGCAAUUCAAGUCCGACGAAGAAGACAGUCGAAACGAUGUUAUGUACAAGUAUGGAGUUGCGUCUUUUGGUGCGCAGGUCACCUUUUUGAAAGAUGUGUCAUCUCUAAUUGACGACCAUGAAGUUUGGUCUUUACGCGGAGUGAAAAUGGACAUCUCAAGCCUUGUCAGGGCCACUGGGCGCGACGCGACCGAGGCAUGGCUGCGCAAAAUACGAGAUAUUAGUGACGACUUGGUCGAGGAGCACCAUUCUUGA